CCAGGGAAAGCCGCUGGUCCGUGCAAUCUAGUUCCUUAGAUCUACGUAGAUGCUGCGCUCGUCUAUGGUAUAAUCGGCUUUUCAUACUCGCCUUUGCCGUAGAGUUGUCUUCGUGUCUACCAGCUAAAAACUACACGAACCGCUUGCCAUGAUAGAGGCGACGGUCAUAUACGCAUGACCGGCAAUCACUUGACGGAACCCGUUUGUGAGAGCCCGACACUAGCGCAUGCCAUCGUAGCUAACAGGGCCACCUUAGACUACUAGCGCCUACUUCAAGCAUGCUGCCAUAUCAUAGGUAUAGGAUAUAAUCACAGCAACAGAUCCCAUAUUAUGAUAGGCGAAGAAUGCGACUAGUCAUCUGCAAUGAUAUGCGACUGCAACUCUACAAAUAGAUUUCUCAACAGUGCCCAGAUUUGGUGCGGCAGGGUUGACGUGGACAGUAACCAAGCCGACAUGAGCCGAUGGCGCUCCCUCCCACAACCUUCCACAUUGUCUGCAGUUGGCACGGGCAAGACUACUCAGUCCGUGAACAGCAAACUCAGUAAAGGCCCUUCUUUGGUCGCAAGCCCAGUUAAAUAUUCCGGCACUAGCUGCAGCAUUUCUUUUUUCGUCUUGUGACAAAUUCCUGAUACCAUAAUUCCAGCAUUGUUGGCUGCUGCCAACGUCGUCGUGGACCGUCCCGUAGCUUCCGACCCGACCGUAUGCCCCCGCCGAAGCCCGGUUCACCGCUGCGGCUCGCCGAGGCGCCAAGCAAGCGGGGUUCCUGCGAACACCUACAGGUGGUGCGUCACGUAAAUGGCCACUGUCGUGUGCUUCGUUGGGGUUGCCCCUCACCGAAGCCUCCGCCGCCGGUAAAAUGCUCCCUCUAUGACCACAUGCCAUUUGCGGACUCUUCGGCCAUCUAUUUACAAAACUACCUUCCUGGCCCCCCCACCUCCUCCUACAUUUUAUCUCUUUCAACUUACAGUACACAAUUUACGUCAAGCAAUAACCACGUACAGAACGAAUCAACUCCUGUUUAUUUGGGACCGCAUAGCUGCUCAUCAGCCCUGCCAGAUAAACCCUCACCACAGUUCCACCUGCAUAUCCCGUUGGUCGAGGCUGUAAACCUCGAUCACGCGCCCAGUCGUCAAGACGUUUUCCAAUCUUCUCAACUCGGUCCACCACCCGUUCGCAGGAGCCCGCUGCUCUGCCGACUCUGGAGGGGCAUCGGACUCAGUCGACACUCAAUAAAAGUCGAUCAACUUCAGCAUAAUUCUAUUGUCUGAGCCCUCGCUCUUCGCGUCAACUCAAUACUCCUAGCCGCCCAUCAAUCAACAUGGCUCCUCACGCUGACGCUGCAACCCCCGCUGCGAACGGGGUGGGUAAUGGCAGCCCUGCCGAACCCACAAACACAUUUAUUGUCAACUCUCCUAACGUUGUCUACACCGAGGCCGAGAUUCGCUCCAAGUACACCUAUCGCACUACUAGUGUCGAGACGGAUGAUCGAGGCAACUUUGUGGCUACGCCCAAGGAAACCCCUUAUGAAUUCAAGGUCGAACGCAAGGUCCCUAAGGUGGGCAUGAUGCUUGUCGGCUGGGGUGGCAACAAUGGUACCACUGUGACCGCCGGUAUCAUUGCUAACCGCCACAAGCUUGCCUGGGAGACCAAGGAAGGCCCCCGCGAGGCCAACUACUACGGCUCUGUUAUCAUGGGCUCUACUCUCAAGCUUGGUACCGACGCCAAGACCGCCCGCGAGAUCAACAUCCCCUUUCACAACAUUCUGCCCAUGGUUCACCCCAAUGACCUUGUUAUCGGAGGUUGGGAUAUUAGUGGCAUGAACCUUGCCAAAGCCAUGGACCGUGCACAGGUGCUCGAACCAACGCUCAAGGCCCAAGUCAAGAAAGAGAUGAGUGAGAUGGUUCCGCUCCGGUCUAUCUACUACCCCGACUUCAUUGCUGCCAACCAGGAGGAUCGUGCUGAUAAUGUCUUGGAAGGUACCAAGGCUUCCAUGGCCCAUGUUGAACAGCUUCGAAGUGAUAUCCGUGAGUUCAAGUCCAGCAACGGCCUCGACAAGGUGAUUGUCAUGUGGACCGCCAACACCGAACGUUAUGCCGAUAUCAUUGCUGGUGUCAAUGACACUGCGGACAACCUCCUCAAGGCUAUCGAGCAGGGUCAUGAAGAAGUUUCGCCCUCUACCGUUUUUGCCGUGGCCUCUAUCUUGGAGCAAACUCCUUUCAUCAACGGCUCCCCUCAGAACACGUUUGUUCCUGGUGCUAUUGAGCUCGCUGAAAGGCACAAUGCUUUCAUCGGUGGAGAUGACUUCAAGUCUGGACAGACCAAGAUGAAGUCUGCUCUCGUUGACUUCCUCAUCAACGCCGGCAUCAAGUUGACAUCCAUUGCCAGUUACAACCAUCUGGGCAACAACGACGGAAAGAACCUUAGCUCGCAGAAGCAGUUCCGCUCAAAGGAGAUUUCCAAGUCCAACGUUGUCGACGACAUGGUUGAAGCAAACUCGGUUCUCUACAAGAAGGGUGAACACCCGGAUCACUGCGUUGUCAUCAAAUACAUGCCAGCCGUUGCUGAUAACAAGCGGGCGCUGGAUGAGUACUAUGCCGAGAUCUUCAUGGGAGGACAUCAGACCAUUUCGUAAGCAAAUCAGCCCGCUACAUGAUUAAUGAAUACUAAUAUUUCGCAGCAUGUUCAACAUUUGCGAGGAUUCCCUCUUGGCCUCCCCGCUCAUCAUUGACCUGGUUGUCAUUGCUGAGAUGAUGACCCGCAUCCAGUGGAAGGCCAGCGGCUCUGAGGACUACAAGAGCUUCCACAGCGUUCUCAGUGUUCUUAGCUACAUGCUCAAGGCUCCUCUGACGCCUCCUGGCACCCCAGUUGUCAAUGCACUUGCUAAGCAGCGCGCUGCCCUCACUAACAUCUUCCGAGCAUGUGUUGGCUUGGAGCCUGAGUCUGAUAUGACGCUGGAGCACAAGCUGUUCUAAGGCAUGUCACUCGUGCUCCACCGCCUAACUGGCAUCCAUCGUGGAAUACUUUACUUUCUUGCCCAUUGUCAGGGACCAUUUUCAACCACAACCUUUUUUACCUCAGAAAAUACCAAAAAAAAAAUCUAGAUAGAGAUUGUUCAGGUAGCUUCCUUACAGUACCUUCUCGUUAAUUUAAAUCACAUCUAGCCAAUCCCUGAAUAUUAUCGUGUUUUACUGCAUAU